AUUAAAAUGACUUCAAAACUAUUGCCAGAAUCGAAACAACUCCAUUAGCCACUAACAGUCCAAAAUAAAGUGAAAUAUGAAGUGAAAGUUGACCUGUAGCGGUAGCAAAAUAGGAUGCACGUUUGUGUAGGGAGUGCAAAUGUGCUCAGAUUCGCCCCGUAGUGGAAACCACAUGCAGCAACUGCACAGAAACCAAAACCUGAACGUGCAGGGUCAGGCUUUUCUCUGUCAGGGAUGAACAGAAAGCUUUGGCUGACUGACUGAGAGAUGCUUCUUCUGCUGCUGUGUGUUGUUCUCCAGACUUUGUCCUUGUCUCAAGGGCUAAAUCUUACAGAUGAGCGACCUUCCAAGAGUGUGAAAAAGCAUGCGGAUCAUAAAGACAAACAGAUUGAGCUCUCCACCCUGAGUUUGUCCGAAGGCUGCUCUGGUGUGCCUAGGGCUCUUUACAAGAACACUACACUCGAUGUGACUCUCAACCUUUUGGAUGCUGAGCAAAAGAAAGAACUUGCUCUCCAAAUCUGUGAACGUUUAAGUUGUGGCCGGGUUCUCAAGCACAACGUUACUGCAACGGUGCACAAUGGCACUUGUCUUGCAGACUGCAUCCUGAGAGACUCAAAACUGCACAACUGCACUACAGCUGCAAAAGGGGACUGCGUGAAUGCAACUGAAGUUAUUUGCGAGCACCAUGAGGUCCGGUUGGUUGGAGGACGUGAUCACUGUGCUGGUCGCGUGCAGCUGCUGCAUUCUGAGAACUGGGGAACAGUGUGUGAUGAUGAUUUUGACAUCAGUAGUGGACAUGUAGUUUGUGCCCAGCUGAGAUGUGGACAUGCGAUAAGCCUGGAGUUUUUUGGGCCUGGAACAGGUACCAUCUACAUCAGCCAAAUGAAAUGCAAUGGCUCUGAGAGAAGCUUAUGGGAGUGCAGCUCAGUCAACACCACUCUCAUCAACUAUUGUGGACAUAAGGAAGAUGCUGGCGUUGUGUGUUCAGAAAGUGUUCAGAUCGAACUCAUAGGCAACACAACCGAGCUGAACUUGACAACUCUGGUGGCAGUGUCAACUACAAUGGUAUCUGCACAAAGCAGCAGUGGAGUUUCAGCAGCAGCGAUCGGCUGCAUCAUCUUAUCUAUCGCUCUGCUUAUGUUUAUUGUUUUAAAUGCUGCUGCCUAUGUGCAUUUCAAAAGAGCAAAGGAAUGUGUGAUUAACCCACAACACAGUAAUUCUCACACAAGCCUGGGGAACCAGUACACUGCACAGAUAGGAGUCUACAACACACAAUCUUUCCUCACUGCUCGGGGGGAUCAGUAUGGAAAUCUUGACCCGGGAACGAGCUCAAACAGUAGCCGCAGAUUUACCAAGAGAACAAACCGAGCCACUCACAUCUCGGACAGCUCCAAUGAUUCAAACUAUGAACAUCUCAACAGCAGUCGACCACAAAGACUGCAUCUAAACCCAUCAACAGGAGAUGUGAAUGACAUAGACAGCGCAUGCUCGAGAGAAAGAAGUGUACACAAUGUGGAAAUCAACAUGGACACCUUCCAAAAGUCAGGUGAGAAAAGUCCAUCAUUGCAUGAAAAGUCACCAUUUGUACCCCUUUCUUACGGUGACCAUCACUUAUCAAACCCCGACAGUCAAGCGUUGGAUGUGAAUGAUUCAAGCAGUACAUCUUCUGGCGAGUGCUAUCAAAUCACAGAGAUUGACACGGACAACAAUUUCAUGUCGCGUGAGGAAAGACCAUUGUUGCAUAAAAAGUCAUCAUUUGUACCCCUGUCUUACGGUGACCAUCACUUAUCAAACCUUGACAGUCAAGCGGUGGAUGUGAAUGAUUCAGACAGUACAUCUUCUGGUGAGUGCUAUCAAAACACAGAGAUCGACAUGGACAACAGUCUCCAGUGCGAUGAGGAAAGCCCAUCACUUCCUGAGAAGUCACUACAGACACCACACAGCACUCAGAUGACAGGAAGCACUGCUGGUUACAGCGGUUCUCAUGCACCUGUAUCCCACAGUCAAAAUGGGAAUGAUUCAGACAGUACUUCAUCAGAAGAGUGUUAUCAGAACACAGAGAUUGAUGAAAACGCCUUUGACCAUUAUGGUGAGGAAAGCCCAUCACUUCCUGAGAUGUCACAGAUGACAGAAAGUACUGAUGGUUACGGGGACCAUCAUGUACCUAGAAACCUCAGUCAAGAAACCGAUAACAGCAGCACAGCAUCAGAGGCAUCAUAUGUUAAUGUACCACCUAAAAAUGAGAGGGAGGACCAUUCUGCUGAAUCUUCAGAGAGCGACUAUGAUGAAAUUGGAACCUGGUGAAAUCAGCAUGACAACUGCAAGAGAUAACCCAUGCAAAAACACAAAUGAUUAUUUUUAUUAUUGAUUCUAUUUAUUCUGUGGACAAUGGAGCUGUGGCCUAAUGGUUAGAGAGUUGGACUUGUAACAAGCAGGUUUGAGUCUCGGUGCCGACAGGAGUUGUAGGUGGAGGGAGUGAAUGAACAGCGCU